CGACGCGUUCAUUUCGGUAAGUUUAAGCGUUAGUUUUAUAUGAUUUAAUAUUUAAUUUCUUGUGCAAUAUACUAUAUGUAGAAGAAUAAAAAUUAUAAGGAUAAUUACAAAUUUGAAUCAUGAUGUUGUAACAAAUAAGUGAAAAAAAUCCAAUUGUUAAUCGAAAUGUAUGGAAUGUUAUUGGAAAGUGUACAGCAUUUCGUGCAGACAGAAUUCGGAGAACAUGUCUGGAAUCAAGCAUUACAAGCUUCGCAAUGUAAGCACACAUCAUUUAAAACACAUCAGGUUUACCCCGAUAAUUUAAUGCCAGAUUUAGCGCAAUCACUUUCAGCAAUAACUGGAAAAUCAUUUGAUUACUUUAUGAACUAUUUUGGAAAAUGUUUUGUUCGAUUCUUCAGUAAUUUUGGUUAUGAUAAAAUUAUUCGGGCAAGUGGCAGAUAUUUCGCUGACUUUUUACAAUCUAUGGAUAAUUUGCACAAUCAAAUGAGAUUCACUUAUCCUAAAAUGAAAAGUCCUUCUAUGCAACUUGCAAUGGCUGACGAAAAUGGUGCUGUUCUUAUUUAUAAAAGUGGACGCACAGGAUUUUCAAGAUAUUUUAUGGGACAAUUAACGGAAAUCGCAAAAUGUUUUUAUGAUUUAGAUUUGAAAAUUACAACGUUAGAAAGCGAAAAUGAUGUAGCUGGAGGAACAACGGGACCAAUUCAAAUGAAACCACUUGCUGAUCAACAAGUUGUUGUCAAAUAUCGUCUCGAUUUUGACAAUAAGGAAUUUAUGGAAAAACGUAUCAAUUAUAUUCCACAUGAAUCGCAAAAAUCUUUAAAAGACUUGGAUGUAAAAAUAUUAUUAGAAUUAUUUCCAUUCACAAUAGUCUUAGAUCAUACAAUGAAUAUAACUGAUGCCGGUGAAAAAGUAUUAGAAACUUUUAUUUUACAUAAUCCGGACAGAAAACCAACUAGUUUCAUUGGAUCACAUAUAAUGGAAAACUUUAAAUGUCGUCGGCCACGAGGAACAAUUUUUGAUUGGGAUACUAUAUUUCAAAUGCGUACAGUACUAUUUGAAUUGGAAUUGAUUAGAACAGGAACAACGAAAAUUAGAAAUCCAGAUGAAUUUCUAGAUAACGAACACAAUGAUGAAACUGUUCUAGAAAUUCAAAAAGUUGUAAUUGAAGCUGAGGAACCUGACGAUGGUGAAAGAAAGAAUUCUCAAGGUUUAAAAAGUAUUUUAUUGAAAGGGCAAAUGUUUUUCAUCAAAGAUUUGGAUUCAAUGGUGUUUUUGUGUAGUCCAUUAAUUAAUAAUUUAGAUGAACUUCAUGGUAUCGGACUAUAUUUAAAUGAUCUUAAUCCCCAUGGAUUAAGUCGUGAAUUAGUUUUAGCUGGCUGGCAACAUUAUUCGAAAUUAGAGAUUAUGUUUGAAAAGGAAGAACAACGUUCUGAUGAAUUAGAAAAAUCUGUUGAAUUAGCUGAUUCUUGGAAGAAAAAAGGUGAUGAACUUUUAUAUUCUAUGUUACCAAGACCAAUUGCUGAACGUAUGAGAGCCGGUACUGACCUAUUGGAAACUUGUGAAACUUUCGAGGGUGUAUCUGUUAUAUUUGGUGAAGUUAUGGGCUUACAUUCUGGAGAGAAUAUUCAAGAAGCUAUGAAUGCUGUAACAACUUUAAAUGCAGUUUUCACCGCAAUUGAUGAAGAAAUUUUUACACCGUUUGUUUAUAAAGUUGAAACAGUAGGAAUGGUUUAUAUGGCAGUGAGUGGAGCGCCAGAUAUUAAUCCACUUCAUGCUGAACAUGCAGCAGAUUUAGCUUUAAGAUUAAUAAAAAAAAUUAAAAAUUUAAAACUGAAAGAUGUUUCAGUAAAAAUUGGAAUUCAUUCUGGUCCGGUUGUUGCAGGUGUAGUUGGACUUAAAGUUCCAAGAUAUUGUUUGUUCGGUGAUACCGUAAAUACAGCAUCCAGAAUGGAAUCGAGCGGAGAGGCAUUUAAAAUUCAAAUAUCAUCAGCUACAGCUGCAAAAUUACAAGAUCGUGGUUACAAAUUAGAAAGUCGUGGAUUUGUUAAAGUUAAGGGAAAAGGAGAAAUGGAAACAUUUUGGCUAGUUGCUGGUCCAGAAGAUUAGAAUAUAUUAGAGAAAUAUUAAAUUAUUUUGAUGUUCAGAUUAUGUUAUAUGUUUUUAUAGACCGCGAAUGUUAGGAUUUCGAAUACUUUUGGUUGCAAAACUAA